UUUUGGCAUGUUAUCUGUCCGUUGUGGGUGUGUAGGCUUUGGGCAGUACUGUAAACGGUUUCGCGACGAUUCUAAAGCUUUUUACUCCAUUUUAAGCGGACAAGGAAUGAGUUAAAAGAGCUUGAGCAUGCAAUUUGGCUGUCUUAGCUAGUUUUCUAUUGUUCCGCGUUGCACAAACGAACCCUGUGGGACGACAAAUUGCAAAAAAAAAAAAAAAAGCGAUUUGUUGCUCUCGAUUGUCGUCGGAUUUGACCUGAAGUGACACUGAACAGAUGAAAACAAAGAGAAACAUAACGCUGUCAAACUGGGAAGCCACCAAACAACCUUCAAACAGCAGAAUUCUAACUACUGACGUCCUGUACAGGAUUUGCGGUCCGUCAAUGAGGAACUACAGGCUCAUCUUUUGCCAUAACCUGAAGCAGCCAUAGAUGGUCUUUCAUUUUACUGCUAGUGAGUAGAGCAGGAGAUACAGUAAUAAUCUGGAUUACUAAAUUAAAAACACGAGCAACUGAAGCAGUGCGGCUGUGGAAGCGAUGAGGAAGAGCCUCUCUCGUAACCUGAGCGAGUCCCUCAGCACAGCCAGGGUGUUUGGUAUCCCUCUGGAGGAGGUGCAGCAGAGCGGCCAACCAGGCCAGGAAGUCCCACUGUUGGUCAGAACCAUCGUGGAGUACAUUGAGGAGCAUGGGGGGCUGGGUCUUGAAGGUCUGUUUCUGGUGAACGGUAAUGCCGAGCGUGUAGAAUGGCUGCGGCAGCGCUAUGACAGCGGCGAGGAGGUGAAUUUGGAGAAGGAGGCAGAUCUGGCCUCAGCCGUCAGCCUGCUGCGCCUCUUCCUGCAGGAGCUCCCAGAGCCGAUCAUCCCUGCAGACUUACAAACACACAUGCUCCAACUUUAUCAAGAAUACAGCGGUGAGGACGAGUUGGCGAGAAACAUGAAAUACGUCUUGCAGCAGCUUCCCCAAGUCAACUACAGCUUGCUGCGCUUUUUAUGCCGCUUCCUCUCCAACGUGGCUUCUCUUCAGGAGGACAGCUGGAACAUCAGCACCCUCGCUGCCGUCUUUGGUCCCGACAUCUUUCACUUAGAUACAGAAGUGGAGGAGCUGAGGGAGCAAGAGUCAGUGAGCCGCAUUCUGGCCGAGUUGCUUGAGAACUGGGAGGAAUUCUUUGACACUGAGGAUGAUCUUUCCUCUUCUAAUGACUACAGCUCCAUUAGCGAACAGAUCACUGAGCUCCUGGAAGAUGAGAAGAUAGAAGUGUGUGAGGAGCUUCUGCAGGAUAGCGAGGACGGUCCUUCUUCACUCUCCCCCCAACACACCAGUGUCACCCCUUCUUCUAGCUCACACAUCACUUCCAUCAGCAUUCAUCCAAGAUCUGCAGAUAUCCUCCAGAGAACCAUUCGAGCUGCAGUGGAGCAGCAUUUACUGGAUCUGCAGAACUCUAUAGAUCAAGAUUUCUUUGAGAACCAAGGCCCAUCCUGCCAAGCUGGCCUGGGGGGGUGUACAAGCGAAAAGACUGCAGAAGAGCAUGAAGGGGAAGAGAAGACUGAUGCUGGAUUGCCUGCUUCUGCAGACCCCGACCAGUAUCUGGAAGAUGAAGAGGCAUUUCCAGAUCCCCAGGCUUGUGCCCUUGUGCCAGAGGAAAAUUUGAAAAUGGACCUCGACACAGAGGCUCUGGUAGAUGCUGAGAAUAAUAUUAACACAACUCCAAGGCUACAAAUGUACCCUGAGUGUGAGCACAUGGAACAGAAUCAAGUUGCCGCCUGUGAGUCUGCUGCAGAAGUGUGUGAUCUGAAUGCCAACACAGAAAGCAGAGAGCAGCCUAACCUAGUGGCCCAUCAACUUCAAUCCCACUCUGUCACCCUUGAAGCCUCAUGCCCCUACACUUUCCCCCGCAUAGACUUCACAUGUAUGCACCUGCAGAGAGAAGGGCAGGAUCCCGUUCCAGUGUUCAUGUCAUGGCAGGAGGAGAGUGAGUCUGGAGAAGCACAGUUGUCUCCACUGGCAGGCCGCAUGUUGCAAUCGCCUCUAGGGGAAGAUGCGCAGCCUUUACUGGCACGUCACUAUCUGGAUUUCGGUCACACUCAGCGCUUCCUGCAGCAGGACUCUGAUGCUGCAUCUUCAAAUAAAGCACUCUCCUGUGGAAGGCCUCGCCGGGCCUCCUUUAGCUCCAAGGAGAGUGUAAAGGGAGACGGUGUCUGUCAGCAGCUCACCAAGAAACUCCAGAACCUCAAGAAAAAAAUUAAGCAGUUUGAAGAGCAAUUUGAAAAAGACAAGAACUACAUGCCAUCGCAUGCUGACAAGGCAGCUAAUCCCAAAGUCCUGAAGUGGAUGACCGACCUCACCAAACUCCGUAAACAGCUUAAAGCAGGACGACAGCACCUCUUACCCAAAGCUUCCCUGAGGCACCAGGCAGUGCUUCACUUGCACAGACGCCACUCCUCCGCUCUGAACACACCCUAUUUUACACAGUCACGCCCCCUCACUGUCUCUAGACAGACAGCCCACUUCUAUGCUAAACACAAGGCAGAGAGUGAGCUGACCCCACACACACGCCCACGCAGCAACACACUGCCGAAGAGCUUCGGCUCCACUUUGGAACACUCAACUACUGAUGGCCUCGCCGAGAGAGAUGGUGAGGGACGGGGGUGCCGGCCCACACGCGAAGAGACGCUCCAGCUCAUUGAGCAACAUCUAAGAACCAAGAGAGAGGAGGACGGCUGGCCCGAGGACAUCAGAAAAACGACCAAGGAGCAGCUUGCUUGUGAGAAAACAGUGCUGCAAAAGAACUUACUGUAUUACGAAGGGCUGCAUGGUCGUCCUGUCACACGUGAAGAACGCUUGAUUGUCAAACCGCUGUAUGACCGAUACCGGCUGGUGAAACAGAUGCUCACUCGUGUCAGCAUCACGCCCAUUAUUGCCUCGCCUUCCAGCAAGAGGCGCAAUCAGACACUGCAGCCCAUCAUCGAGGGUGAGACCGCCCACUUCUGCGAUGAGAUCAAAGAGGAAGAGGAGGAAGAGGAUGAGCAGGAAAGUGGAGGAAUGCAGAGUGAGGAAACAGAGGUCAUUAUCGCUUUGGACCCAGCAGCCCAACCCAGUUCCCAGCAGCCUUUGCCCGACAGCAUCCUGAGGCCUAAGAUAGGCGAAAGCUCGGGGAAGAUGACCCUUGACCUGCGUCUAUCCAGCUCUAACGCCUCCUCCAUGCCUGAGCUCCUGGAGCAAAUGUGGAAGGCCAGAGCAGAGAAGAAGAAGCUGAGGAGGACCAUCCGCGAGUUUGAAGAGGAGUUCUACAAGCAGAAUGGAAGGAAUGUACAGAAGGAGGACCGCGUGCCCAUGUUGGACGAGUACAAGGAGUAUAAACGCAUCAAAGCCAAACUGCGCCUGCUCGAGGUCCUUAUUAACAAGCAGGACACCUCCAAGUCCAUCUAGAGUGCAGCAUGUAGCGUCAGUACCACCACCGCAACACCACCAACCAUCCACGUCUACAUCCCAUCACCUAACAACCAACUGCUUUCUCUUUCAGAGAUCCAACAGUGGGACGUUCUCUCUGUCCCAAGUUUUAUGUAUAGAAAUAUAUAUAUAUAUAUACAGUUUUAGUUUCACCUGCUUGAUUUUGUUUGAUCAUAAGUGAGAAAUCCUCAGCAUGAAGAGGGACACACUCGGCAUUUGUGUCGCUUCAUCAGAAGCGUGUGUGGACAAGAACAGAACUUCCUACAUCAUCCAGCAUCUUUCUUAAGACUUAUACUGUUUAUUAAAACUGCGUCCCCAAACCCUGAGGACAUGAUACACUAUUAAUGUGUGUUCUGGACAGAAAUGUGUGUGUGUAAAAAUCAUACUCUACAUAUGUCCACAUUUCAUCUAAAAGGAGUUACUAAUAUUAUACUCUGAAUGUUAGUGGUGUUUUCUUUUCUUAGCUACUCUCUAACACGAUAAACAAGAGAACAUGUCGGUGCUCUUAUUCGUUUCUUUGUAUUUACACGUGUCUUCUCAGCAACCAGACGGUUGAUCAGACUGACCAGAGAACUGAAUGUUAAAUUUAAGCUUGUGCUCCUUUCUCGCUGUGUUUGAGUACUAUGUAACUAGGUGUAUAUUUAUUUAUAGCAUUUCCUCACUGUCGACGGUUCACGUGUCUCUCGGAUAAAUAACGGAUCACAGACUCAUCGGGGAAAUGAGCGCACUAAAUAUCUAAUCUGAGGGUAGGAAUGAUUAUUUGUUUCGUCUAGGGGUCAUAUUGUGCUCACUCAUGUCACUCACUGUGGACGGUAUCAUUAAACCCGUGGUUAAUCAGCCUGGCUAGUGUACGGUCAGGUGAUGAAGCAGUGGUGUGUGUGUGUGUGUGUCCUCUAGUACAGUGCAGCUUUACUGAAAUCCUGGGGAACUUCUCUGGGAUGCUAAUACUAAUUUCACAGAAAGUGAGCAGCUGGAACUAGUCAUUAGUUCAUCAUUGACUCAUGUUUAAACCUACAUUCCAUCAACUUGACUCGCUCUAAAAGGACUGUAACGUGCUCAAGGACACCUGUUUUAUCUUUCUGUUGAAUUCACUUCAUCAUCAUGGGCUUGUCAAGAUUAGCUUUCCUUCCUGGAGGACAUUGUAGCUCAGUGGACUAAUCACUGACCUGAAACUAUAAGUUUUAUAUAUAUAUAUAUAUAUAUAUAUAUAUAUAUAUAAUCAGUUGAAAAAAAAAUCUUCAAACAUUUAUAGAUGUCGAACUUGUAUUGUGCUUUUUAUGCUUGAUCAAGCAGCUUGAAAGUGAGAAGCACUGCUGAUCUAUUUGCAUUAAGCUCUGGGCAUUAAGUGCAGCAACAAUGGGCACUUGUAAUGAGUCCAAGUCGAGAGGAAGUGUGUAGUGCGAGAUGUUUUAGUGUGUACAGUCGUAGGGAGAAGCACUAGGUGUGAAACGGGGUAGUGGAUGUGCUCGGCUUUUCCUCGAGUCACUCCGUGUUGUUGAAAGCAAGUAAAAAAUGGGAUGUUUUUGCAAAAGAUGUCUAAGCUAGCGAAUGUUAUUUGCACAGCAUUCUGAGAAUGCAGCCCACUGUUUGUUUGUUUAAAUUUGCUUGUACAAUUUAAGCACUAAUUGUAUCUGAAGGAUGUUACUUUUUUUUUAUGCAUGUUAAGCCCCUGUGUCACUUUUGCAACAGUCACUUGCAUUUUUUUUAACAAACGUUAUUUUGUACUCAUUUUUUAACCUUUACUUUCAACAAUCCAUCUUUACAGUGUAGUUUCAGUGUAUUAUCUAAAUGUCUGCUUGUUUUGUAAAAAAAAAAAAAAGAAAAAAAAAAACACGUCAGUGAGUUUGCAUGGCAGAUGUUUGUAUUUCUAUUUUUGUGCCAUGAAAAAGAAGCAAUAACGACGCAUCAAGGUCUUUAUCUGUGGAAUGAAAGGACGUCUGCAUCCAACGUGUGCAUUUGAAAUAAAUGGCUUGAGACUCUUUCAUGUCUAAAAAGGAAA